AUGGGCUCCCUCGACGUCGUUCCCUACUGGCACGUCAACGUCCCGGAGCGGGAGCGCACCGACGACUGCCCCGCGUUCCUGCGCGGCCUCAACCCCAAGGACCUCGCCGGCGUGUCGACGCCCGACUCGGCCUACGAGAUCCUGCCCUGGGCCGAGGUCGCCCGCAUCGUCACCACCAACCGCCUCGAGCGCUUCCAGCGCGUGCCCUCGCAGCUGCGCCGCUACAAGAAGUUUUCCUAUCUCACCGCGCAGCGCCACGGCACCAUUGCCGCCUUUGUGCUCAACGAGCGCCUGCGCUGGACCGCGCCGGUGCGUCCCCGCGGCAGGCCGUUUGAGUACCCGGACGACUACAAGGUCCUCUAUAAUGACUGGCCGUACGGGCUCGACUCGCGCAUCAUUCACCUCGUCGUCUGGACAAAGUUUGAAUUAGUCGCCAACCCGGGGACCGGCGACCUCACCGACACGGCGCGCGCAGAGAUUGACGACUAUGUUACAAGGACGUUUCGCUCCAAGAUGCCCAAGGAUCAUGUCAUGUGGUUCAAGAAUUGGGCCGCUCUCAAGUCCAUCCAUGCCGUCGAGCACUUUCACGUCAUGCUCUUCGACCCUGAUCCCGACUUUAUACGUGAGGUGACCAACGGCGACAUUCCCCAGUGCAACAAACUCACUGUAUAG